UUCUGUAAGAGUGCUUUCCCCUUUGUUUAUGUCUGCAUUUUCCAUGUGUUUUCAUUUGAUAAGAUUUGUAUUUGAAAAAGAACCAUGUAAGUGAAAAGUUUGCCGGUUUGCUUCAUCAGAAAUGGUUCACCAAGUAUUCUUGCAGUACAACACAGUGAGGGCAUGCUGUCUAUUAAGUAGAAAUUGGCUGACAUUGUCACAGUUGUGUGGGGUUGAUAAAAAGCAAUUUUGUUCAAACACCAGUGACAGCCACAGUGGACAAAAUAAUGAAAAUCUGCUCCCUUUCAAAGAAAAGAUGAUUAGAAAACAUCAUUAUCCACAAGAGGAGCAUGCCAGGCUAUUACAACAAAAGUUUCCAGAACCAAAGAAAGUUGUUGAUGAUCUGUUUGCACCAUUCGAAAAUGUUGACGAAAGUCUAUUACCAAACAUUGAGAAGACCCACAAGUUGGGAAAUAGGAUAUGUGUAACAAAACUAAAUUUGAAGUGGCCAAAAUCAGUAAAUAUUGUUGGAAAACAUGAAGAUGAGAAUACGUCCACGGAAUAUGCUUACUUGAACACCUGCGAUUUUUUAACGAAAAUUGGCUUGGUGAAGAUUCCAAUGGCUAAUGAAGAACUUACAACCAAGCCAUAUGAUGCAGAUAAUGUAAUUAAAGUUUUGGAAGAACUAGCUAGUAUGCAGACGGCUAUUGCUGGCUUUGAAACAAGCAAUUUCCGUGUUCUUAAUCUACUGCAAAACGAUAAAGAGGAUGAUGACAUAUUCUGGAGCUCCAGUAUAAGGGUUGCUUGGCCAGUAUCUUUUACAGUCAAUUCCAGAUCAGCUUGUUUAAGUUUGGCUUACUACCAGUCUUGUCUAAAAGCUAUUAUGAAACUUAAGGGUUUGGGAUACCUGGAUCAAAAAAACCAUCUUAAACGAGGAAUUUUACUAUCAUUAGAGAGGUAUGGUACUUACCCAUGGAGUUCUUCACAAAAUAGAGACCUGACAAAUCCGGAUUUUGAGCUAUUUGUUGAUGCAUCAAAACAUGGAAUUGGUGCCUAUUUGAUCUCAAAAGACGAUGACAGAAUAAGGUGGAUGGCUGACCGCUGGGUGGAGAACAAAAUCAAAUUUGACCCGAUGAUUUGUUCAACAAUGUCAGAGUUUUAUGCUUUUUUAACAGCGUUUUACACUUGGAAACAUAAGUUUGUGAAUAAAAAGAUAAUCGUUUAUGGUGAUAACGAACUUGUAAUUAAUAUUAUAAAUCAAGGGCUUUUCAUGUUACAGCGUCCAAAACUUAAACAUUCAUUAUAUAAGUUGUACUUAUUGCUUAUAAAGAUAUGCCACGAAAACAAUAUAACAGUGGUGGGUAUGCAUGUGCCGAGAUUCAAGAAUGUAGCUGCAGAUCAACUAUCACGGAUUCACGUGAAUACUUUCAAGCAAAUGGUGCCGGCAGCUUAUGAGAACCCUAAGAAGUCGAAGAAACUCUGGUUUUAUGACUUUACUUCAACGCAAAAUAUUGAGAAACUAAAAAAAGAUGGUGAAAACUUGGAAGAGAAAGGUGAAAAUUUAGAAGAGAAAUGUGAAAAUUUAGAUGAGAAAUGUGAAAAUUUAGAAGGCAAAUGUGAAAAUUUAGAUGAGAAAUGUGAAUAUUUAGAUGAGAAGGGUGAAAAUUUAGAUGAGAAAGAUCCGGAACCGUCCAGAUGAUGUUUUUUUUUCUUUCUGAAAAUAUACUUCAACUGAUACUGACCUGUUGUUUUUAUACAAAUUUUACUAUUUUUUAUUACCGUACAUUCAUUACAGAAGCAUAUUGUCUAGGUUGAUGUAAUUUUUAUAUAAUCAUGCUUUAACUUUUGUUUAAUAAAAAAAUAAAGUGCUCUCUCAGUC